UCCCCGCCCCACCCCCAGUUAUUGUUCUUGAAAUAAAUCAUCUAAUUCGUGAACGGGAGGUCGCCGCAACACUGUGGAGGUCGCCGCAACACUGUGGAGUUCGCCGCAACACUGUGAAGGUCGCCGCAACACUGUGGAGGUCGUCGCAACACUGUGGAGGUCGUCGCAACACUGUGGAGGUCGCCGCAACACUGUGGAGGUCGCCGCAACACUGUGGAGGUCGCCGCAACACUGUGGAGGUCGCCGCAACACUGUGGAGGUCGUCGCAACACUGUGGAGGUCGCCGCAACACUGUGGAGGUCGCCGCAACACUGUGGAGGUCGCCGCAACACUGUGGAGGUCGCCGCAACACUGUGGAGGUCGUCGCAACACUGUGGAGGUCGCCGCAACACUGUGGAGGUCGCCGCAACACUGUGGAGUUCGCCGCAACACUGUGGAGGUCGCCGCAACACUGUGGAGGUCGCCGCAACACUGUGGAGGUCGCCGCAACACUGUGGAGGUCGCCGCAACACUGUGGAGGUCGCCGCAACACUGUGGAGGUCGCCGCAACACUGUGGAGGUCGCCGCAACACUGUGGAGGUCGCCGCAACACUGUGGAGGUCGCCGCAACACUGUGGAGGUCGCCGCAACACUGUGGAGGUCGCCGCAACACUGUGGAGGUCGCCGCAACACUGUGGAGGUCGCCGCAACACUGUGGAGGUCGCCGCAACACUGUGGAGGUCGCCGCAACACUGUGGAGGUCGCCGCAGCACUGUAGAGGUCGCCGCAACACUGUGGAGGUCGCCGCAACACCGUGGAGGUCGUCGCAGCACUGUGGAGGUCACCGCAACACUGUGGAGGUCGCCGCAACACUGUGGAGGUCGCCGCAACACUGUGGAGGUCGCCGCAACACUGUGGAGGUCGUCGCAGCACUGUGGAGGUCACCGCAACACUGUGGAGGUCGCCGCAACACUAAGGAAGUCACCGAAACACUGAGGAGGUCACCACAACACCGAGGAGGUCGCCGCAACACUGGAGGUCGCCGCAACACUGGAGGUCGCCGCAACACUGGAGGUCGCCGCAACACUGAGGAAGUCGCCUCAACACUGAGCAGGUCCACUGAAAUGACCAAGAUACGUGGUGGAUAUGUUUACAAGAUGAAAGAUACUCGGAACUACCGGAGGCGGGUCCCGACCCGAGAAGACAAGACGGUGGCAAGAUGUUCUCAGUCUGGAGUGGCCUUCGUCGACACAUACAUCGAGGUCAUCGACACAUACCAUUUGGAGCGUGUUAACUGCAUCGUGAAGCAUUAA